AUGUCUGCAUCUGUUGCAACUGUCCACCCUAGAAGCCACGUCGGUUUCGAUAGCAUCACCCAGCAGAUAGAGCGAAAGCUCUUGAAGCGCGGCUUCCAGUUCAAUGUCAUCUGUGUUGGUCAGACUGGUCUUGGAAAAUCCACACUCAUCAAUACUAUUUUCGCGUCCCACCUCAUCGACAGUAAAGGCCGUCUUGCCCCAGAUGAGCCGGUUCGAUCUACCACUGAGAUCCAGACGGUUUCACAUAUCAUCGAGGAAAACGGUGUUCGUCUUAGGCUGAAUAUCGUUGACACUCCAGGAUACGGAGACCAAGUCAAUAAUGAUAGAUGCUGGGACCCCAUCGUCAAAUAUAUUAAAGAUCAGCAUUCGGCUUACCUGAGGAAGGAGCUCACAGCCCAAAGAGAGCGAUAUAUCCAAGACACCAGGAUCCAUUGUUGCCUCUUCUUCAUUCAGCCAUCUGGACAUGCUUUGAAACCUAUCGACAUCGUUGUCCUCAAGAAGCUUUCUGAUGUUGUCAAUGUCGUUCCUGUUAUCGCCAAAUCUGAUUCCCUGACGCUGGAAGAGCGUGCCGCUUUCAAGGAGAGGAUCAAGGAAGAAUUUACCUUCCACAAUCUGAAAAUGUACCCAUACGACAACGACGAAUUGGAUGAUGAAGAACGUGCACUAAAUGCCCAGAUUAAAGACAUUAUUCCAUUCGCCGUCGUUGGUUCAGAGAAGUCCAUUAUUGUCGAUGGAAAGCAGGUCCGUGGCCGCCAAAACAGAUGGGGUGUAAUCAAUGUUGAGGAUGAAAAUCACUGCGAGUUCGUUUAUCUCCGAAAUUUCUUGACCAGAACUCAUCUGCAAGAUCUCAUCGAAACAACCUCUCAGAUACACUACGAGACCUUCCGCGCCAAGCAACUCCUUGCUUUGAAGGAAAGCAGUGCUGCGGGUGUCACCACUGGAAGUAGGCCAAUCUCACCUUCCGCUGACCGAGAAUUAGGUGCCAGUCGCAACUCUCAAAGGAUGACUAUGAACGGUGGCGGAUAUUAG